AUGAAAGACGUGGUGUUUAAAUGUUCAGCAGAAGGCUGUCCCAGAACCUACACUAAUAAAUUCAACCUUAAGCGCCACAUCGAGGCCUUUCAUAGCGAAGACAAGAAGUACCAGUGCAAGUAUUGCACGAAGAUCCUCUCUUCAAAACAGAACUUGAGAGAGCACGCCUUCACCCAUUCUGGCGAAAAACCUUAUUUUUGUAAGGAAACAGGAUGUGGCAUGAGGUUCAGACAGGGGAGCCAACUUUCGGCCCAUAAAAGAAUUCAUGCAGCAAUUAAAAGCUAUUCAGCUUGCAAACAGGAAGACAGCCCUAUUGAGAAGCGGAGCAUCAAGCUCUCAGAAUAUCUCGCAAGAAAUCCUAGGAUUUUAGAUGAAAAAUACGAAAUUUUUGAGGAAAACUUGGAGAAUUUUGACUUCAAAUUGCCUCCAAUUGCAGUCCCUCAGGAAUUCGAUCGUUUACCAAGUUAUGUCCUUUAUUAA